GUCGUGGUGCUUCGUUCGUGCAGAAGGUUAAGGGACGAGCCUUGAAGCUUAAUCGAAGAGAUGAUAUAAGACGUGUUCACCACCUCCUGUUCACCACCUCCCUUCGAAAUAUAAGGCAAUGGGUUGACGGAACACGAAACUGUCGUGCCAGUGUACUCAGCAACAAUAUAACAACGAUACGAGCAUAGCGGCAGUCAGCUCGCUACUCUACAUAAAUAUCGUCAUAAUAAUCAUUGCCAUCCAUCAUGACUGUGAAUGAUACUGUGGCGGACCUUGAGGAGGCGCCAGCCCCCAACGAGCAGGACGCAAGCUGGUGCCCAUAUCGGUCUUUGUCCAUCUUCGGAAACAAGAAGCCCUGGCAUAUCGAAUUCUGGCGAGAAUUUGAAUAUAACCACGUAGCAAGAGCCGACGGCACGAACGAAUGUACCCUGAUUCAGUUGUCCCUUCCGAAAGCAGGACCAGCAGUGCGCUUCCACGGAGUCACGACCGGGUUCGCCUCGUACAGGUCCCCGGCUAGGUUCCGAUGGGACCUCUGGCGCUCUGUCGGCCUGCGCCUGGUCAUCGAGGCCGGAGACGAUAAAAUAUACAGUAUUGCGAUUCGGGACAUGGAACCACCCGGGGGUUGCGAAAAGAAAAAAAGGAACAGAGUCGAGUGGGAAUGCAACUUCAGGGGAAGGCCAGGUUUUGCAGACAUCUACUGGGAGCAGUUCCAACCUACGGUUCGGGGCACAAGGCCACUAGAUCUCUCAAAUAUCAGUGACUUUCGAAUCAGCUUGUGCAAUAACCCGCAAUGUUCCUUCGUCCCGCAGAAAGGCCCGUUCGAACUCGACUUGGUUUCUAUCGAGAAGUUAUACGUCUAAGAAUAGACGGAACAACGGUGUCAUUGCGAGUCCAGGAUCGUGGGACUCGAGGUGUCGGUCUGGUGGGAGCCGCAAAAGAGAUCUUGGCUUCAGGAUAAUAUACCCCCUUUUGUAGCGUUCACAAAAUUGUCAAUUAGACAUCCUUAAUCCCUGUGUUUAAUCACUUCCCUAGUUUUAAUACCCC